UUCAAAGAUAUGUACGUUAAUGCAGAUGUUAAUUUUUCAAAAUAAAUAACACCUCUUCUAAGCCACUCUUUUCAUCAAAUCAAAAAUCAACAACAAGUAUAGUUUGCUACUCUUAAUUUGUGUCAUGGCAUCCGAAUCCUCUAGCCUCUCAGUCACUUCAAAUAAUCAUGUUGAUUCUUCCAAACCAAAAAACGUGGUGGACAAGAAGGAGAAUGAUUUUGUGAAGAUAUCGAAAGAGGAUUCGGUUGACGGGUCAAAGGUGCAAGAGCAUAAUUUUUUUAGCCCUAUUCAAGUUGGUGGUUCGUCGUAUCAUUCUCCUCAUACCGACAAUGAAAAGAAAGACGAGAAAACCAUUGAAGAAAAAAAUUUGGAGUCAAAGACAUCUUACUCAUGUAACUUUUGCAAAAGAGAGUUUUCUACUUUACAAGCGUUGGGAGGGCAUCAGAAUGCCCAUAAGGCAGAACGUGCUUUACAAAAGCAACGUGAACAAAGGUACGAAAAUGAUGCUUUAGGGUUAGGACAAACACACUUGAACCCUUAUUUUCGUUAUCCUAAUGCUCUUUAUUCACCUUAUGGAUCACUUGGUGUUCGAAUGGACUCAAUGAUUCAAAAACCAUCUUUAUUUAAUCCAAGGGUUACAACAAAUAAUUUUGCAUAUGGUCAUGGUGGUUUGUGUUUGCAAGAGACAUUAAACCCUUCUCUUGUUAGUUUGAGAAAUAAUAUGGAAGGUAGUAGCAGGAUUGAACUUCUAGGUCUUGGUGGUGCAACUUCUUCUAGGAUUGAAAAUGGUGCAACUAAUAAAAUUGCUGCUUUUCUAAAAUUUGGAGAGUCUUCUAAAGAUGUUGCCACAAGUUCAAACUCAAUCAUAGAGAAGAAUUUUUUUGUGGCUCCUGCUCCUAUCAAAGAUGAAAUUCAUCAACCAAAGUUCAACAUUGAAGAAGAACCUUCCGAUUCCGAAUCUUCUGGGCUUGAUUUGACACUUAAACUUUGAAUAAGCUUUUAUAUUUUGUUUCCAUAAUUUGAUUGCAAUGCUCUCUAUUUCAA